CGAAAAACUACCUAAAAUUGAGUUCCUUUGACUCAAUCUCGUGGUAUCGUGGGGGAACUUAAAAUUAGGUAAACCGUGUUGAAGGUAGUUUCCAUUUAACCACGGCAAAAAUUACAACUCAUUGAUAGGUUUUUUAUACUCAAAUUUAAGUUGAAUUUACCUAAUUUUGAGUUCACCCCAAACAACUCAAAAGUACCUUCCUCCACGGAAGACCUCGACUGAGUCGAAUCUCUCUUUUUGUUUUUGACAACACUAAUAAGUGCGAAAGCGACGCACAACUCAAAAGUAAGUUAAAAGAACUUUUCUGCAGGUUGUUUUAUUUAACCGUGUAUAGACGUUUGACAGUUAGCGCGUGUGGAUAGUAAACAAAAAAGAUAAUUCACGGUAGAAAUUAAAAGUAUAGCUUGGAUUGGAAAACUAGAAGAUAAUAAUAAUAAAAUAAAAUUAAACUGUGUGCGAUUGCGACAGGGAGAACGAAACAAUUUAUGUUGUGAGAGUAUAAACCUCACGGCGACCUAAAAUCACGAUUCGGCAGUUAAGGUAUCUCACCCUAACUUGACUUAAAACACGAGAAUAUAGUGGUAAAUACGACAACCAGAAAGCUUGGAAAAUAGGGAGAAACUACUUCUUACAAGUCGACGAGCACCACCGAAGAGGCAGGACCGAAGACGAAGUAAAAAAAAAAUCCCAGCGACACUGGCACACGGAAGGAAGCAUCACUGGAAAAUGUUGCACCAUCAUCAGCGCUGUGUUAUUGCCAUAAUAGUGAUUUAUUCGAUAGCCAAAUGGCUUGUGAAAUUUGUGCAGUAGUAGGAAAAGGACGUCCCAAGUACGGGGCCGAGGGCUCGGCGGAAAGAACCAGAACGGCUAACACCAUCAACCGCGCGACGAGAGCGCCGCCGCUGUAAACAUGGAAGCCGAAGCCAUAAUCGUCACCCGGAGGAUUUAUGACUAAUGACAAAACUAAUUAAAUAUAAUUGCUGCAAAAUUAACACGAAAAACAUAAAUCUAAUUGUACAAGCAAUUUAUCGGUCGUAAUAAUCAGAUUGAAGCAUGCUGGCUAUUUGCGAUGGCCGCGAAAACUGAGCAAUAAUUAGGGCCCGCAAUUUCAGCUCCCCACCCACGCGCAGAGCCCACAAUAAUGAAUAAUGCAACUGAUUUCUACUGGGAACUAUCGCAACUGAUUAGGCUAAGCAAUCUCACCUAUUACAAUGUUUCGGUUGGUGGUGGUGGUGGCGGUGAAAACACGGUGACACUGGAUGUGGUCAACUGCUGUACCACCGAACCGAACUUCUCAAUGUACCUGGAGGCCCUGCCGAACGACAGGGCCGGACUGUUAGCAUUUCUGUUCCUGUUUUCCUUCGCGACGGUGUUCGGCAAUUCGCUCGUCAUUCUGGCAGUUAUUCGUGAACGGUACCUGCACACGGCGACUAACUACUUCGUGACCAGUUUGGCCGUUGCGGAUUGUCUCGUAGGACUAGUAGUGAUGCCAUUUUCCGCACUGUACGAGGUGUUGCAGAAUACCUGGUUCUUCGGUGAGGAUUGGUGUGAUAUUUGGCGUUCGUUGGACGUUCUCUUCAGUACCGCUUCCAUACUGAAUCUGUGCGUAAUAUCGCUGGACCGAUACUGGGCCAUCACGGAUCCGUUCUCCUAUCCGAUGAAGAUGACCCGACGAAAAGCGGCAGCCCUGAUAGCGGCGGUGUGGAUCUGUUCCAGUGCGAUCAGCUUUCCGGCGAUCGUCUGGUGGCGGGCAGCUCGGGAAGGUGACAUGCCUCCAUUCAAGUGCACAUUCACCGAACAUCUCGGCUAUCUGGUGUUUUCCUCUACUAUAUCGUUCUAUCUUCCACUGCUGGUGAUGGUGUUCACGUACUGUCGAAUCUACCGUGCCGCAGCAAUACAAACACGAUCGCUCAAACUGGGCACCAAACAGGUCCUGAUGGCCUCCGGUGAACUCCAGCUUACGUUAAGAAUACACCGUGGGGGUACAACCAGGGAACGGCCAAGCCAUCGGCGGGAGCAUCAGCAACAGCUCGAUCAGGACCACCAACAGCAUACGGCCACUUCGACACCGGAAGAACCGGACGAAGAACCUCUGUCGGCGCUGCAGAAUAAUGGAUUGGGUGCUCGCCAUCGAACUCACAUGGGUAAAAACUUUUCCCUUUCGCGGAAGCUGGCAAAAUUUGCGAAGGAAAAGAAAGCUGCCAAAACGCUCGGUAUCGUGAUGGGGGUGUUCAUCGUGUGCUGGCUGCCGUUCUUCGUGGUGAACCUGCUGUCCGGGUUCUGCAUACAGUGCAUCGCCCACGAGGAGAUUGUGUCCGCGGUGGUCACCUGGCUCGGGUGGAUCAACUCCAGCAUGAACCCGGUGAUCUACGCCUGUUGGAGCAGGGAUUUUCGGAGGUGA